AAAAUUUUGUUGACAAAAUGGAGGAGUCCAAAAUAUAUUGCACCCUAGGAAAAAGGUCAAAAAAACUGAGCAAAGGGUGACCGUAUGGCCCACACAACUAGAUGCCUUUCUAUUGGGAUCCAUGAGAAUCGACUGGCAGCUAAAAGAGGAGGAGUUAGGCUGACACCUUUAGAGUCGUACUUGUUGACUCACACGACUCGCCGACCUGAUGCUCCAGAAGAUGCCCCACCCACUUGGAUAUGUCCACAGGCUAAGCAGACAUAUCCACGUGUUUUGCUCAUCCUCAUCUUCUUCUUCUCCCCGAUGCUCUGCCCCCUUGACCCUCUGCACCCGAGAAGCCCCCCCAACUACCGUCACCCAUUUCCGGCCGGAAAUCCGGCUAAGCUUGGGGGUUUUCUCCUUCUUUUCUUGUUCUUGAACCUAGAAAUAUCCCCCUCCCUUCUGCAGAUUUUCGGAUCUGCUUUGUCCUUCUGCGAGUAGCUUUUGCUGAUGGAGUGCUUCCCGAUUUUCUGGUAAGGGAAUGACUAAGAAUCAUCCCUUUAGCCUUAAUUCAAGUUGGGUUACUCUAAUUGUGUUGUGGGUUCUUGAAUUUUGAGGUUUGUCGUGAGUUCCUCCAUUCCUCUCCCCAUCGGCUUCCUUCCCAGUCGGACCCGGUGCUACUCGCCGGAGUUUCUUGGUUUUGAUCGUUCUGUCAUCGUGGCACUUGGGUUAGCCUUUUGUUCUGUGCGAGUGAGAAAUCGAAACCGAGGACGGGGAAACCAAGGGGAGUAACGAGUUAGAAGGCUAGCCAUUUUGAGAUUGACAUAGAUUUUAGAAAUAAAUCAUGCUCUUGCAAGCUAGAGUGUAUUUGGAGAUUUUAUAAUAUCAGAGCAGAUUGUAAAAUUUUAUCUUGAGAUUUUGUGGUAUCGGAUUGUGAUUUGAAUAAGUUCCAAGCCUUGUGCACUUGUGGGACCUGUCUCACGAGUGCACGGCGUCUGUUGCGUCCCCGGAUUUGGGUUCUGGGGCGUGACAAAAAACUAUGA